GCUAGCGGGGCGCGAGUGGGCGUGGCGCGCGCGCCCCCCGCCGGCCCGCUCGCUCCCUCCCGCCCCGCCUCCCUCUGGCUCUCUUCCUGCGCUCCCGGCUCCGGCCGCGCGCUGGCGGGGCUCCGCAUUGCACACUCUGGGGGCGCCGCAGUGUUCGUGGGAUGGGGCAGCGGGCUGCCGCUGGUGGCCGGAAUCCGCGCGCAGCCGAGGUGCAAGUUCUCUCCCAUCAUCUCGAGUCCCCACUCUGGGGCCCUCUGUAUGAGUGACACGUCGGUCUGCCAUGGAACCUGGCCCUGCGCUGGCCUGGCUUCUGCUCCUGAGCCUGUUGGCUGAUUGUUUGAAAGCUGCUCAGUCCCGAGACUUCACAGUGAAAGACAUUAUCUAUCUCCACCCUUCAAGCUCAGCCAUCUGCGAGGGAGAACAGUUGGCUCCUGCAGAUGAAGGGUUUGCGUGCCUGCAGCUUUCAAAUAGGCCAGCCACCCCAUAUCCUGGUGGAUUUAAAUGUUUCACCUGUGAAAAAGCAGCAGACAAUUAUGAAUGCAACCGAUGGGCUCCUGACAUCUACUGUCCUCGAGAGACCCGAUAUUGCUACACUCAGCACACAAUGGAAGUCACAGGAAACAGCAUCUCUGUCACCAAACGCUGUGUCCCGCUGGAAGAAUGCUUGUCCACUGGCUGCAGAGAUUCAGAGCAUGAAGGCCACAAGGUCUGCACCUCCUGCUGUGAAGGAAACAUCUGUAACCUGCCACUCCCUCGAAAUGAAACUGAUGCCACAUUUGCCACGACAUCCCCUAUAAAUAAGACAAAUGGACACCCACACUGCAUGUCAGUGAUAGUAUCCUGCUUGUGGGUAUGGUUAAGACUCACAUUAUAGCAGGACCCUGUGUAGCAGUGGUCCUUGGGAUCUUGAUGGUCCAGCAUCAUGCAUGAGUCAUUGGCCUGACAGUUGUUACACAUGCAGGAACACUGCAUUCACAACGGGUGUCAUCACAGCCAGCAUUACCAUUACCAUGAAGAACAAACAUUAUUUCAGUGUUGUUAUUUCAAGUUGAAACAGGAUCCCAUCAAAGCCAGCCUACCCACAAUAUAGAAUCUGAGUUCUGUACCACAAACCUUUGUUUUCACUCCACAAAAAUAGUUAUUUAUUAUGAUCUGAGGCUCUUGAUUUAGAAUUCAUACAUGAGCUGCAGAAGGUCCUGAGAUCCUUUCAGAUGGUAGAAAUAUAUUACAUGGACAUAUAUAGAUUUUUUUUUCAGGAGAAAGGUAAAGAAUCACUGGCUUAGCUACAAUGGUUUAUUCCUUUAUAGUUUUAGGAUUUUAAAAUUUCAAAUGCCAGAGGAAUGAACUAUUUCCUUUGAGAUUCUGGCUAAAUCCUUAGAAGAAUAGUAAGCAGUUUGCUCAAUUUAAUUUCCCUAUUCUUCUUUCAUUGCUAAGAAUCAUAUUUUAUCUGCUCCAUGUGGAAGAUUAAAGGGCAAUGGUAAAAUUUUGGUGUUUCUGUAGGGAUGACUAGAGAAGGAUUUUUCCAACCUAAUGAAACAAACAUUCAUAAAGUAGCUAUAGUUAGCCCUUCAUGUAACUGAGGAGAUUGGCUUUGACAUGUGGCCUAACUGUGCUGAAUCAGAGCCUCCAUUCCACCAGGGCCCUUAGUGUCCAAAGAGUUUCAAAACACCAGGGUAUUAUUUUCUCCAGGUAUUGGGCUCUAUUCCAGCAUGACUAAUGUAGACAGAGGCUUCUGGAAUGGAAGAAAGCUUGUGACAUUUAGUCCAAGUUCAUUUUGAGGGCCCGGAGAGCUUUCUUCUUUCAAAUUCCUAAUGACUUUAGGGAGUAAGUUCUGCAUUAAGUUGUCUCUAGAUGGACAGAGAAAUACAGCGUAAUACAGUAGGAUGGAAAAAAGUAUUUGUAAGACUAGUACGGAAACCCAGUGGGAAGUUUUUAUUUCUUUUAGAUGUUGCUUUCAAAGUAGUAGAUAAAUUCUUCACAUCCUGCCUAUAUUUUUGGCACCCAAAGUUAUUUUUCUUCUUUCUUAUAAAUCUUUUAAACAGUAUUUAUUUUUGUAUGGCAUAACUGGAAACUAAAAUAUAUUCUAAAUAUUCUUUAUUCUGAACAAAAUGAUCAAAUUAGAAUACUUAUUUUCAACAGUGGUAGAGAUACAGCUUGUAAUAUAUGCUUGUGGAAAGUUAUCUAUAACACCAGUGUUGAAAAAAAGUUAUUAAGAACAAGAGUAAUAUGUUUGCCUCAAGGGUUUUGCUCCUGGUUUCCUCACAAGUGUAGUUUCAGAAGUGUUCAAGAGGAAACCAUCACUGGUCAGAAUUUCUGUGCAGGUUAAGAGAUUCUUUCCGUAUAUCUCAAUGGAGCCAUGGCUGAUAAAGAGAACAGUGUUGUUAGAAUCCAUCUGCCCUGCACAAUGAACUAUCCCUGGCUCAUGAAAUGAGAUCUGCUCAGGGACCAAAUAGGAAGUGAUAUCAGUUACUCUGAUUCAGAGUAAUCUUAAUUGUAUUACAUAGCCUUAAUUCAUAGUUUGGUAGGCUUAUUCAUUUGUUACUUAUAAAUGGAGUUGGGAGAGUAGAGGGAGAGAAACCAAGACUUUUAUUAAGCACCUCCUCUGUGCCAGGCACUAUGCUAAGCACUUUACAUAGUUAGGUCAUUUAAUCCCUACAAGAACUGUAUAAGGAAUAUUACUAGUAUUUACAACUUACAAAUGAAGGUACUGAGGCUCCAAGAAGCUCAAGAAGUGAAACUCUUGCCUUCAGAUAUAGUUAUUGUAGAUGAAGCAGGAUUGAAAAGGAAAGGAAACUGGAGUUAUCUUCCUAGGAAAACUUCUAGGCAUCACGUCAUGGGAAUCUGUUCAUCUAAUCACAUGGAGUUUAUCUCAUCCUGCUUUUGCAGGAUGCCAUUUGCAUGUCUCUCCAGAUAAUGUCUUUUCUUUGGAAAGUGAGAGUAUAGCAUCCUUAUUCAUCCCUCUUGCUAAAAGAGGAGACAGUUGAUAUUGCAUCAAAAGAUGCUACAGGACAAUAAGAAUUUGAUAUUGUAUAUAUCUAUAAGUACCAUUUUUGUGCAUGGUCACGCUUCAGUGACAUUUGCUAAGUACUGCAUGCAAUUUUGAAUAGGAGACAAGGUGACCACAUCAAAGCCAUCCUGACAGGGGGAUGGGCUCAGGUCUGCAGCUUCUUCCCCACCCAGAGUGCUAAUACAGGCGGCACAGAUGUGCUGCGUACAUCCUGCACAUCUUUCAGAAUGUUUGGUUUUUUUUUUUAAUCUCUUGAAAGGAAAUGGUUUGCUCACUGUCCCUGGCCUCAAGGAGCCAAGGAAGGGCCAUUCAUAUAAAAGAUCCAGGGCUGAUCAGCUAUCUGACUUUUCUACCACGUUAAACUUUCCUUUAAAUCUCACCAUUUGGUGACAGUUUGAAGUGCAAAGAGCCAUGAUGUAUAUAUUAAUCCAUGUGCCACAUAUUUAUUUUUAGACUCCCCUAAACAUUCUUGUCAAUAUGACAUUAAUGUCUAAAUGUUGUAAAUAUUGUACAUUUUGUAAAUCAGUUAAUAAAGGUUUUAAGUGUA